UUUCUUUUGUACAUCUUUGUCAGUGCAAGAAAAUAAUCUUGCCGAGCAAUCGAGCGCCCAGUGUAUACCAAGACGGCGGACUCCAAACCACGGAAACACACAUCAGAAUUGAACUGAGCUCACGGGCAAUCACCAUCUCGUCAGCGAUCCUUACGCCAUGACGUUACCCAUCGAACCUCAGACCUGGACCAAAGAUGCGUUCUUUGUAUCAACGGAUAAAACCCUCCUCUCAGUGUCAGCCAUCAACACGGCGUUCGAUAAGGAUUUCAUGUACUGGACGAAAAGCUACCCCGAGGAUAUCCUAAAGCAGAUCAUUGAGAGUUCCUUUUGCUUCGGAGUGUACAAAACCACGCCGAAGAAUACUGGCCAGAAUGGGGAAUGCAACGGCAUCUCAACUGAUGGUCCAACCAACGCACAACAGAAUGUAGAACAGAUCGGAUUCGCGCGGCUUAUCACGGACAAUGUUACAUUCGCAUAUCUGACUGACUUGUAUAUCCUCCAAGAAUAUCAGGGUCACGGUCUUGGAGGCUGGCUAAUCGAUUGCGUGGAUGAGGUCUUGCGGCCGCUGCCGCACUUGAGGUGGUUUAUGUUGCGGACGUCGGCAGAGAAGAGCAAGCAGGCGUACGAGAAGCGUUUGGAGAUGAGUGUGUUGGAUACGAGCUGUGUCAGUGAGGGAGGAAUCAUGAUGGGGAGGAAGGGGAAGGCCAAUAUGGCUUGAUUCUUACUGAGAAUUGGCGAUUGAGGUGGAUCUGUCGGAAGGAUUAGCUUGACAGCGUUCAGGAUGUCAAUAUGUGCCUCUCGGAAGAACACGCCACUAAUGUAUAUGUCAAGGUUUAUGCAGCUGCCAGGGGUAAUGUACGAAAUAUACUUUAACAUUCC